CCAUUAAUGCCCUGGGGAAUUCGAUCCCUCCAUUUUUUGUUUUUCCCCGCAAACGAUUUUACUCUCACUUCAUCCAUGAAGGGCCACCUGCAUCAGCUGGAGCAGCAAAUGGGUCUGGUUGGAUGCAGGCAGAGGAAUUUUUGCAGUUCCUCCUCCACUUUGCCAACCAUACGAAGCCCUCACUGGACUCCAAGGUACUUCUCUUACUGGACAAUCACGUGUCCCACCUGUCUGUCCCAGCCAUGGAUUUCUGUAGGGAACGGGGCAUCGUUCUACUUACUUUUCCGCCACACUGCACUCAUAAGCUCUGUCCCCUGGACAGAACAGUUUUUCGCUCUUUCAAAGGGAGGGUCAACACGCACCUGGACCACUGGAUGAAAGCUCACCCUGGCCAGAACGCCACAAUAUACGACCUCCCUGGGAUUGUUGCAAAAGCGUUGCCACAGGCAGCAACGCCUGAGAACAUCAUGUCAGGUUUCAGGUGCACUGGCAUCUGGCCCUACAGCCCUGAUGUGUUUGGAGAAAAUGACUUUGCUCCUGCAUAUGCAACCGACAGACCAGAGCCAACUACAUCCUCUGCAGGUUCUGCCACACUCCACCAGGGCUCCUCCGCUCUCCACCAGGGGUCCGCUUUCCACCAGGGCUACUCCGAUCUCCACCAGGACUUCUCUGCUCUCCACCAGGGCUCCUCCGUUCUUCACUACUCCGCUCUCCACCAGGGCUCCUCUGUUCCUGAAUUCAAUCCUGCUUUAGUCAGGCCCUUCCCUAAGGCUCCUCCACGAAAAGCAGUUGCCAAGCCCCGAAAGAGGGCAACAAGUACCAUCCUCACAGACACUCCAGUCGUUGCAGAGGAAGAGAUAAAAAAGAGCAAAAAUACGGCUCAAAAGAAAAGAAGCCUUGGUGUGAAAAAGCAAAGUAAAGCAAGUAACUCAGAGAACUGUCUUGUGUGUGGUGAGGAUUUUACAACCUCUGCACCUGGAGAGAAAUGGGUGAAAUGUGUUUUUUGUGAUGGUUGGGCACAUGAGUUAUGCACCGAAGGAUAUGAACAUUAUGUUUGUCAUGUGUGUGAUGAAGAGUAAGUUGUAGUAAUGAGUAGUUUCUACACGUUGUGCAUGCAGUGGUAUGUUGAAAAUGUUUCCACUUACUGUGAGAUUAACAAUUUGUUCAUUUGUUAGAUUUAUAAUUUGUUUAAUAACACUGAACACUGAAAAGUUUAUACAUACCUACAGAAACAGAGUGAAA